AUGACCGACUCAACGCAACACGGUGCACUCACUCCCGGUCCCCACUUAACGAACCGAACAUCAAAACACACUGACAAUUAAGUAGUCUUUGUCUGUCUGUCCCUCUCUCUCUCUCUUUCCCUUUUGCUUCUUUCAUCUUUCCACACCCUUUCACUUUUCCUUUCUCAUUCUUUACGCCAAGAUGCUUCUGAACAAAAGCGUUUUGCUUUAUCAACCCCUCAAUCGUCGGAGCUUGACUGCGCUUUGAUCUGUUGUGCGAAGUACCCUUUUCUGUUCUCCAUCCAAAGUUCGAGUCUUUCUUGGUUUUUUCUCAUGUCCAUUCAUCUGGGAUCGACUGAUCGGCGAAUGCUUUUGCUCAGAAUUUGCUGAUAUAAAACUUGGUAGUCGCCAAGAUUUGGAGAUAUGAUUUGCCUGAGACCCGAAGUCUUCGACGACGGCGGCGGUAGCGACUCCUGCUUCUCUCCUCGCAAUAGCAGCAGUACGAGCAGCCACGGCUUAGUGCUCCCUGUCGACUUGGGAGGUUCGAUACAGAGGUAUUUAAGGAGAAGUGGCAGGUCAAAUUGUCGAAUGAGGAGCAAGUCGUUUUCUUCCGGAGAUGGAUGCUCCACUAAUUCUGAUUUCGAGGAAAAAUGUAGCGGGCGAGAGAAAAGUGGGAAGCUGUACACUUACCGAUCCCAGCUCGAGCAAGAUAUUGAAAGAUUGCAAAAGGAGUUGGAGGAAGAGAUUCAGUUACACUUGACCCUGGCAAACGCUAUUGAGCACUGUGAUCCAUCCUUGUCUGACUCAUCCAGCCAGCUUCCAGAUAAGGCCAAGGAUCUGUUAGGCAGUAUAACAUUGUUGGAGACAACAGUGGAAAAACUUGAAGGGGAGUUAAUUGUCCUGCAACAUCAGCUACAUCAAGAAAGGAAUGAGCGCCACCUGGCGGAAUACAAUCUAAGGCAUUCUUCCUUUAGGGCUUCAUCAGCAUCAGAGAUUUAUCCUAAACUGAUGCCUAUGAAUCCAAACGGUGGAGAGAAGAAAGAUGUGGAGAUUGGAUAUGUCAGUCGAUGGUUAGACGUGACCCAGAGGCCAAAUAAGGAUAUUCUGCAGGAGAACCUAUGGCAUCACCCUAACCAGCUGUCUGAAGAAAUGGUUUUGUGCAUGAUAGACAUUUUUAUCUCUCUAUCAAUUUCACCUAAAGACUCUUCAUCUCAAAACAUGGCUUCACCGGCCUCACCAAUGCGCCCACUCUCCUAUAACUCCGCUGCAUCCUCCUUAGACUCACCCCUCUGGACUUCACCAGCAAGGAGGUCCUCCGGCUGCGAUUUGGAAAGCAGUUAUGAUGUCUUUGCCAAAGUUGAGACAUUUGAUCCUUAUAGAUUUCCUGGUAAGCUGGAGUGGCUGGGAACUGUCGGAGCCUACAACAUGGCAGUUCAAGUCUGUGCUCUGUCCGUUGGGAAGAAAGAACUUAUUUAUGCUGCCGGAGCUCUCAAAAGAUUCAGGUUCCUCGUGGAGCAGUUGGCCAAACUGGACCCAUCUAGAAUGACGCACGACGAGAAGCUAGCUUUUUGGAUCAACUUGUAUAAUGCCUUGAUUAUGCAUGCAUAUUUAGCAUAUGGAAUUCCUAGAAGUGAUGUCAAAUUCUUUUCCUUGAUGCAGAAGGCCAUGUACACAGUUGGAGGGCAGUCAUUCAGUGCAGCUGAGAUUGAAUACAUCAUGCUCAAGAUGAAGCCUCCUCCUCAUCGCCCACACAUUGCUUUGUGCCUAGCUCUCCAUGAAUUCAAGGAACUCGAAGUGAAGGAAAUGUAUUCGAUCGAUCAACCGGAGCCUCUGCUUCCAUUCGCGCUAAGUUGUGGGACAUAUUCUUCACCGGCGGUCAGAAUCUUCAAGCCUGGAAAUGUGGCCGACAUGCUGAGGCAGUCAUUGAAGGACUAUGUACGAGCAUCGGUCGGAAUUAGCAACAAAGGUAAGGUUCUAAUUCCGAAGCUGCUCCAUUCUUUCACGAAAGAAAUCGGGGAGGACGCAUCGGUGCCUGAGUGGAUCUGCCAAUUCCUCCCCGUAGAGCAGGCCAACUUGGUGAGAGAAUGUUCGUCCAAGAACAAGUGGCGGCUCCUUGGAACUCGGAGCUUCACCGUCUUACCUUUCUCAUCAAGGUUUCGCUACCUAUUCCUCUAGCAAGGAAAAAAGCCCCUUUUGAUCAACCGGUGAGAUCCCAUCGAGAGUCGGCAUCCGGGUCUUGGUUAGGGUUGUGGAACUAGGAAUGAUUCCAGGCUUGAAUGAAAUAUGUUUCAAGGCAAGAAGCCACGGAAAUGUAUUAUUUUCUCUUGUUUGGUUCUGCAUCCUCAUACAGACUCACACAAUCAUGAUAUAGAUUUGAAGCUGCCAUUUUCUUUA